AGACGGUGGAAACUUGGUCGAAAACACCACUACUUGCUGCGUGCUCCGUACCGUACGGGGGUGUCGAUCGGCCAGUGCGUAACUGGCGUCUGUCCGUGCGGUCUCGUGCGGCUUUCAGUGGGCUGCCAGCGGUCGACUACCACCUGCAUGGAUGGAGCCCACCCGUGUACCCAGGGCCCCAGGUCCGCUUCUAAUUUUCCUCGUCGUCACGCUGACCCUCACUGUCGCAGCAACGGGACUGUUAUGCGGUGCUAUAAUGUCGGAUCACUGGGAGGAAGUUAGUUGGGAUAAAGAGGCCCUGACCCACGCGAACGUCACCCUUACGUGGUACCUGGACGGUCAGGUGGCAUUGCUGGAAUCCGGUCACAAGAAUCAUCAUCCUGGCAGGCGACCCACCUUCCUCGUGCCGAUGUACGGUGGCAUUUGGAUCAUGUGCGUCUCACUCACGGAGGAGGAAAUACGACUACUGGGUCAGGUAGGUUUCCCGCAAGAAAGGUGCAUUAACUACUUGACGCCUGACGAAGCACACGAGGAGAUUCGUGCCGCAUGGCAGAAUCGGAUGCAAAAUCUGAGCAUCUCCUGUUCUCUAGUUUGUCUGAUCAUCCUAGGCACCUCCGUCCUCAUCGGAUUUUUCGGACUCUGUAGGCAUCAAAUAUCAGCGAUCCUUGUUACCGGUGUCAUGUAUUUUCUAGCAGCUACCUUCGCAUUGUUCACCCUGACGAUCAUUCAUUUCAAGAGGGCCCAGGAUCGAGGCGCGCGGAUCCUACACGGCCCUGAGGACGGCGUGAUCGGCGGACCGGUUCCCCGUAACGUUCUCAAAGCGAGACGAUUCUCCACUUCCUGGAGCUUGGACUUAGGAUGGGGCGGCGUCACGUUGUGCGCCCUCGCCUCAGUAGCGUGGAUCUCGCUCAGCAAAAUAAUGCGUUUCAGCCCGAUAACGGCGUUGAUCGCGUAGCAGUGGGAGGCCUUCGAGGUCUAAAGCUCGUUUCUAACAGUUCCAACGAAGCGUCUCGAUGUCGUCGCCUCUUUCGACGUGUUUAAACAUUUGAAGAGAACAACGCGGAGUCGUUUCGAUUAAAUGAAAAACGAGCCUGUGCGACACUCUCACAAUCGAAAUAGGGAACGACGUUGAGACGAACGAGAGUAUUUUUUCAAAAUGUUAGAAACGAAAUGAUCACCUCGAAGGCGGUUCGUCUUAAAGACGUGACAGGAUGACCGAAGGAACCUAAGUUUUAGCCAUCCUUCACGUGUGCAACGUUUUUUACAAUUUAUUGGAUAAUCUCCAAUCGCUAACAAAAGAAACAUACACAGCUGGGUGAAGUAUUAGCUGGAAGAGGAUCGUGUAAGAUUUGUUUGAGUCAUGAAGAAGUUUCGAGAUGCAUCUUAGUUUAAAAAUUUAAGACUUAGGAGAAUGAUUUCUUAUAGACAUAGAUUCGUACCGAGUACAACGAGCACAGUCGCAUGGGUGUAAGAUAACGUGUAGAAGGAGAGCUAUUUGAUACGUAGAGCAGAGUACAAGUUCAUCUCAGUUUUUAUUUGCAUUUGGAUUAGUCAAUUAAUGUAAGAGUAAAGGAAAGUGUCGCUGGUUCUAGUCAGCCUCUUUAGACGUAUUUUUAACGAAUAAUCUACAUAGGCCUCAUUUUUUAUACGAUUGCAAUAGGUAACGAUUUGAUUUCACGUAAUCUGAGUGUUGCGCGUGUUCUAGAAGCUGGAACAAUAUUCGUUGGAGUUUGCUUGAGAAUUUCAAUACAGAACGAUGUAAUCUAAUAUAGUUGCCUAAUAGUAUAAUUGGAUCGCCUUAUAAUUAGAAAUAUAAGCAUGUUUGCGAUAUGCGUAGCACAGCAGUAAACUUGUUCGAGCCAAUACGAGCAACGACAUUGAGUGUUUGCAAGAUGAAUUUAGCUUUUGCUAUGAACUGUUACAGCGAAUAAAAGAGAGGUCAUAUGCCAACAAGAUGUAUUAUAUUCAAAAGGAUUGUGAAUCACAAUUCGUCCAUUAAAGUGUAAGAAAUAACAAACAGGAUGCUUAAAUUAGAAGCAUCGAUUGUACUCAGAGAUCCAGUUUUGCUAAAUAGUUAAACGAUGACAAAUGAAAGAAGCAAUGAAAUAUAUUCUUGCAAGACGUGUCUCUGGGUGUCCUCAACGAAACGCAUUUUUUCGGAUAAUGUUUUGAUGAUCGUCAUAUUUUUUAGCUGAUCCUUGUUAUUUGUUAUAUCGGAAUUAUUGUAUCAUAAAUGCAAUAAAACGAAUAAGCUAUGUAUGUACAUAACAGAAA